GGCGCGUUUUCAGCGUCUCAAAUCACUUUCUUACCCUUACCCCUCCCUUGAGUAGUAUUUACUUGAGAGGGGUGGUUCAGUAAUUCUACUUGUGCGGAUAAACACAAACCUCCCUGUCCCAAACUGAAAAAAAAAACAAAAAAAAAACUGCCAGUAACCGCUCCUCCACUACAAAACCAAACCCUCCCACCAUUGUUAUAACUUUGUUUUCUUCUUUCUUUCUUUCUUCAUUAUUCCAAAGCCUCAUCUCUCUCUGCCAUGACCAACAACAAUACCGAAUCAGAUCUCCAUUUUCGCAUUCCUACCUCUCCAUCUCACAUCAUCAUUCCAUAUUUUUCUCCCUCUUCUAGCCCUUCAAGCGCCUACCAAUCCCAAAACUCCCGCAAAAAGCGCUACCGGACGAUCAAUGUAGACUCUGGUGCCGCCGCCACUAAGAGCAGUAGUGGUGGUGUCGAUGACACUUCCAUUUCCAGGCCAAAGCAGAGCAAGAAACCCGACCCUUCGGCCCCGAAGAUCACCCGACCUUGUAGCGAGUGUGGGAAGAAGUUCUGGUCUUGGAAGGCACUUUUUGGGCACAUGAGGUGCCAUCCAGAGCGUCAGUGGCGCGGCAUCAACCCUCCUUCCCAGUUUCGUCGACCCUUCUCGUUGCCAAUGAAUGACAGUGAGGCCUCGACGACCGAGGAGGACCACGUAGGUGCAGCUUGCUUGCUGAUGUUGGCUAACGGAGAUGAAACAGAGUCAAUGAAUUGCAAGUUCGAGUGCUCGAGUUGCAAUAAAGUUUUCGGGUCUCAUCAAGCGCUCGGUGGUCAUAGAGCUAGUCACAAUAAUGUCAAGGGAUGUUUCGCAAUAAACAGAAGCAAUGAGGGGGAAUUGGUGGAGGAACAUAGCGGCAGACGAGGAGGAGAAGGAGCAGAGGAGGAUAAUAAUAUGGUGAUUGAGUUAGGGCACAAGUGUAGCAUUUGUUUGAGGGUUUUUUCAAGUGGGCAAGCAUUGGGAGGGCAUAAGAGAUGCCAUUGGGAGAGAGGAGAUCAAGGUUUUAGUAAUCUAGACCUCAAUUUGCCUGCUCCAGUUGAACAACAUGAUCAUUAUGAUCGUCAUGAUUGUUCAUCUUCUUAUUCUUCAGGAUUUGCAUUGGAUUUAAGGUUAGGACUUUGA